AUGCAGUCAACUUCAAUACAAGUUUUCCAACAACAACAAGAAGAAAUUUCUAAGAUACGUCCUGGAAUUGUAGCAAACUUUAUAUAUAAAGUUGUUGAACUUGCUACCUAUACUUCCGAUUUUGCCGAUGAUGCUAUAAAUAUAUUAACUGGAGGUCAUUCAACUAGACAAAAUUAUGGUUACGAUGAUAAUGAUGAUGAAAAUGUCUAUGUCCAUAAGAAAAAAGAUGUUUCUACUUGGAAUGAAAAUGUAGAAACUGUUGAAGAUGAAGAGCCUCCAUCUUACGAUAAUUCAACUGAAACUAAAUCUUCACUUACAAUUUCUACAUCACUCUCACAACAAGAUUAUCCAACUACUCAGUCUGAAACUGAACCUUCAUUUACAAUUUCUUCAUCACUUUCGCAACGAGAUUAUCCAACUACUCAGACUGAAACUAAACCUUCAUUUACAAUUUCUACAUCACUUUCGCAACAAGAUUAUCCGACUACUCAAUCAACACCAACACAUUCACCAACAAAUUCAACCUCACGACAAAGACAAUUCCGUGUUCGUCGUGGCUGUAGAUUUGUACGUCACAAAUCAUCUUCAAAAAUGAGCAAUAAUUUCAAUAAUACAUCCGAUAAUAAUGAUGAUGAUGAUGACGAUAUUAUCCUUAAAAGACUUAAUAGUAAAAUAUCUGUUAUGAUAGCUGAAGCUGAAGCUGCUUUAAAUAGUAAGGCUGAAGUUACAGAACUUGAAAUGAUACUUGCCGAGGAAAAAGAACGUGAUGAACGAAUUAGGAAAGAAUUUGGAAUACAAACUCUUAAUAUUCACAAUUACAAUUAUAAUAAUUACAAUAUCAAUUAUAAUAACAAUCACAAUUACGUUUACUGA